UAGAAAAAAAGAAUAUCAUUGUUGAUAAAUAAUGAAGUUACAAAGCCAACAUGGUAGUGGCCAACUAUAUAUAGACCCACUCCUUACACUUAUUUUUCAUGUCUAUUUCUCACUUCUCGAUCUCUUUCUUUCUCUUUUCCGAGGAACCCAUCUUCAUUUUAUUGCUUUAAUUUAAGUCCCUCUGUAUUCCCCCACAGAACCAAAGCAAAUUUUCUCUCCACUGGUUUAACCUAAACUCCUCUGUUUCUCCCCUGCUCUAUUCCUUUUUUCCCCUGCCUUUGGACAUUUCCAUUGUGGAUAACACAAAAUGUCUUACUCAAGUGUCUGUCAAGGGUUGCAAUCAAGUGUUGAACCCCGCCACAUCGAAUCACGUGUGUUAAAGCUCAAGUUGGCUCCACCAGGGUCUAACACUAACACCACUUCCCCCUCCACAGACCCUGGAACCUGUGAAAAACCCGUCACCAACAUUUCUACACAAACUCCAGCGAUAAAAAACCAUGAACAUGGCAACAAAAAUUCUGAACCUGGUGGCUGCAACUGGAGCUUUCUUCAAACUCUCUCCAACAUUUCUCAUUGUAACAAAACUGAGGAUGUCUAUGUGCACCCUGCUGUUAAGCGUUCCUCUUCAAUGCUCAGUGCAAAAAGCUUGGAAUUGUGCACUGAAAGUUUAGGUAGCGAAACUGGUAGUAAUGCCGGUGAUAACAGUGAUGACGUGUCUUUGUUUUCACUUGAAAGUAGCCACAGUUUCAGAAACAACAACAACAACACUACAGUUGUUAACAGGAACUCUGAGUCUAAAAGAUUGAACCGUGGUAGCACCUUUCCACCACCCUUAACUUCAAUGGGAGGGUUACAAGUUAGGUCUCAUCGUGAAGAUGGUAGGCUAAUCUUGGAAGCUGUGACAUCAUCUUCUCCUCAACCUUAUUUUCAAGCAGAACGUGGCAAUGGUAGGCUUAGGCUUCGAUUGUUUGAGAGUGUGGCAUCUUAUUAUGGUGGUGAUGAUGAAAUAGAAGGUGAAACUUUAAAACAAGAAGCAUAUGGUGAAGAAGAUGGUGUGGUAGAAGAGGAGGUGGAAGAGCAUGUUGCAUAUGGUGAAGAUGAGAUGGGCAUAACAAUGUUUGUGAGACCAAGCACGUGCAAGGAAAGUGGGAAUAGAGUUAUUUUUGGCGACGUCUACUUUGACCAUACCCCUGUUUCUCUCUGUCUCUGAGCAGAUCUAAUUUAUUACUGUUGUGUUAUCUCUCUCUCUCUCUCUCUUUUUAUUUCAUUUUCCCAUUUUCUUUUUAUUUUUAUUUUUUUGCUGUUUUAGGAUUUCGGCUGUUAUGAUUGGAAGUUUGGUGCUAGAAAUUUCUGAACAUCGUAAUGGUAGUUAUUAUAGUUAUUAGUUACAUUCGACAUCGUCCUUCUGUUUUUCCAUCAUUUGUGGUGCUAGUUUCUAUUUUUUUUAUUCUUUAUUAUACCUUUUAUGUUUCUAGAAUGCUCCGAAAACAAUUCCUCAAGAGGAAAAAAAAAACUGAUAUUCGAACAGACAGAGA